CCGAGUGGCUGGAGGAAAGUCAGACAACUCUGCUAUCACUAUGUUGCCACACCCAUGAUUUGGCCUGAAGCUGAGAUAAACUGUCAGGCCAUGGGAGCAACCCUUGCAUCAAUUUAUAGCAUGUACUACUACGGCGAGGUUCAGAAACUGAUACGUGAGAAAACUGGUAGAGAUGAACGAGCAUGGCUGGGAGGCUGUAAUGCAGAGAAGGAGGGAUCCUGGUGGUGGAGAGGUGAUUGUCCUGUGAGCUUCACAAACUGGUGUCGAGGAGAGCCUAAUAAUGGUGGAGGCAACCAGCACUGUAUGCAGAUGAACUUUUCAGAUGAAAAAUGCUGGGAUGACGUGGAGUGUCAUUACAAGCUGCCUUCUGUCUGCAUCAAGAAACGCAGACAGUGAAGUUACUAAAAAGGCCUGAUGUGUUGAACAGAACCAGUGGAGAAUCAGAGCUGCUGUUUAUGUUUUCCUGCCUUUUUGCAACUUCAUAGAAAACCCUAAAGAUAUUUCUGAUUCUUUACUUUCUUUAAUUUCUGUCUUUAAUGCAACCUAAGCAAUGAAGUGACAAGCAAACAGCAGCUGGAUUGUCUCUCUGUAAUAAAGUCAGACUGAAUGAGUUAUAAGAAAGAAUCUUCUAUGCAAAACUUUCUUCUAUUCUUUGGCUGAGCAAAAAUAAAA